UUCUCCCUCUUCGAGCAAUAGAAACUCAGCAAUAGCUUCUGGUGAUCUCGUUUUCUUAUAGUGCUCUUCCCCCUUUUCUCUCCUCUCUCUCUCUUCCAUUGCUUCCCCACAAGUAACGCCACGCGAGGUCAAUUGCGUAAUCGCCAUGACUGUGAUGACUCCUGCUCCUAUUGACCAGCAGGAGGAUGAGGAGAUGCUUGUCCCACACACUGAUUUAGCGGAGAAUAAUCACCAACCCAUGGAAGUUGUGGCACAACCUGAUGCUGCCAACACUGUGGAGAGCCAGCCUGUCGAGGAUCCUUCAUCGACAAGAUUCACGUGGAAAAUUGACAACUUUUCUAGAAUGAAUUCGAAGAAGCUGUAUUCAGAAAUAUUUGUUGUUGGCGGAUAUAAAUGGCGUGUACUUAUUUUCCCAAAAGGGAACAAUGUGGACUAUUUAUCCAUGUAUUUGGAUGUUGCUGAUUCUUCUAGUUUGCCCUAUGGCUGGAGUAGAUACGCACAGUUUAGCUUGGCUGUUAUUAAUCAAAUCCAUAAUAAAUAUUCUGUGAGAAAAGACACACAGCACCAAUUCAAUGCGCGGGAAAGUGAUUGGGGUUUCACGUCCUUUAUGCCGCUCGGUGAAUUGUAUGAUCCUACCAGAGGGUAUCUCGUGAAUGACACUCUUGUAGUUGAAGCUGAGGUUCUUGUUCGUAGAAUUGUUGAUUACUGGACAUAUGAUUCAAAAAAGGAGACUGGCUAUGUUGGACUUAAGAACCAGGGUGCUACAUGUUAUAUGAAUUCUCUACUCCAAACUUUAUAUCACAUUCCUUAUUUUCGAAAGGCUGUGUACCACAUGCCAACAACAGAGAAUGACAUGCCCUCUGCAAGCAUCCCUUUGGCAUUGCAGAGUUUAUUCUACAAGCUCCAGUAUAGUGACACCAGUGUUGCAACAAAGGAGCUCACUAAAUCUUUUGGAUGGGAUACGUAUGAUUCUUUCAUGCAGCAUGAUGUUCAAGAACUGAACAGAGUCCUUUCUGAAAAACUUGAAGACAAAAUGAAGGGAACUGUUGUUGAGGGAACUAUACAGAAGUUAUUUGAAGGACAUCAUAUGAACUAUAUUGAAUGCAUCAACGUGGACUAUAAAUCAACUAGAAAGGAGUCGUUUUAUGAUCUUCAGCUUGAUGUGAAAGGCUGUCCUGAUGUAUAUGCUUCCUUUGACAAAUAUGUUGAAGUUGAACGUCUUGAAGGGGACAACAAAUACCAUGCUGAACAAUAUGGUUUGCAGGAUGCUAAGAAGGGUGUCCUAUUCAUUGAUUUCCCUCCUGUUCUUCAGCUUCAGCUUAAAAGAUUUGAAUAUGACUUUAUGCGGGAUACCAUGGUCAAGAUUAAUGACCGUUAUGAGUUUCCCAUGCAACUCGACCUUGAUCGUGAGAAUGGAAAAUAUUUAUCACCCGAAGCUGAUAGGAAUGUCCGCAAUCUUUACACACUUCACAGUGUUUUGGUUCAUAGUGGUGGUGUACACGGUGGACAUUAUUACGCUUUUAUCAGGCCAACUCUCUCUGAGCAGUGGUAUAAAUUUGAUGACGAGAGGGUAACUAAAGAAGACACUAAACGGGCAUUAGAGGAGCAAUAUGGUGGCGAGGAAGAGUUACCACAGACGAAUCCUGGGUUUAACAACACUCCUUUUAAAUUCACCAAAUAUUCAAAUGCUUAUAUGCUGGUGUAUAUACGGGAAGCUGACAAAGACAAAGUAAUAUGCAAUGUGGAUGAGAAAGACAUCGCCGAACAUUUAAGGGAGAGGUUGAAGAAAGAACAAGAAGAAAAGGAGCACAAAAAGAAAGAAAAGGCGGAGGCUCACCUUUACACUAUUAUAAAGGUGGCACGAGAUGAAGACCUUGCAGAGCAGAUUGGAAAGGAUAUAUAUUUUGAUCUUGUAGACCAUGACAAAGUGAGGAGUUUCCGUGUUCAAAAACAAACAUCUUUUAACCUUUUUAAGGACGAGGUUGCUAAAGAGUUUAACAUACCAGUUCAAUUCCAGCGUUUUUGGCUGUGGGCAAAGCGGCAAAACCAUACAUAUCGUCCAAAUCGACCAUUGACACCCAUGGAAGAAGCACAAUCUGUCGGACAAUUGAGAGAGGUAUCAAACAAGGUUCACAAUGCAGAGUUGAAAUUGUUUUUGGAAGUGGAGCUUGGGCUGGAUUUACGUCCUAUUGCACCACCUGACAAGACAAAGGAUGAUAUAUUACUUUUCUUCAAGUUAUAUGAUCCUGAGAAAGAGGAGCUACGUUAUGUUGGAAGGCUCUUUGUGAAGAAUACUGGUAAGCCAUUGGAAAUCUUGACGAAAUUAAACAAAAUGGCUGGUUAUGACCCUGAUGAAGAGAUUGGACUAUAUGAGGAAAUUAAGUUUGAGCCAAAUGUUAUGUGUGAACCUAUUGAUAAGAAAUUAACAUUUCGAGCUAGCCAGUUAGAAGAUGGAGAUAUUAUAUGCUUUCAGAAAGCUCCUGCUAUAUACAAUGAGGAACAUGUCCGCUAUCCAGAUGUGCCAUCAUAUCUAGAAUAUGUGCACAACCGGCAGGUUGUUCACUUUCGGUCUCUUGAUAAACCCAAGGAAGAUGACUUCUGCCUCGAGAUGUCAAGGCUCUAUAAAUAUGAUGAUGUAGUGGAGAGAGUGGCUCAGCAACUUGGUUUGGAUGAUCCAUCCAUAAUCAGGCUUACGCCUCACAAUUGUUACUCUCAGCAACCAAAACCCCAGCCUGUUAAGUAUCGUGGUGUGGAGCAUUUGUCUGAAAUGCUGGUUCACUAUAAUCAGACUUCGGACAUAUUGUACUAUGAAGUACUUGACAUCCCUCUGCCAGAAUUACAAGGUUUGAAAACCCUGAAAGUUGCAUUUCACCAUGCUACCAAGGAUGAAGUGGUUAUUCAUACCAUCAGGCUUCCAAAGCAGAGCACUGUGGGGGAUGUCCUUGAUGAUCUGAAAACAAAGGUGGAAUUGUCGUCCCCUGAAGCUGAGCUUAGGUUGCUUGAAGUUUUCUAUCACAAGAUAUACAAGGUUUUCCCUCCCAAUGAGAAGAUUGAAAACAUUAAUGAUCAAUACUGGACUUUACGUGCAGAAGAGAUUCCAGAAGAGGAGAAAAAUCUGGGUCCACAUGAUCGCCUAAUCCAUGUGUAUCAUUUCACGAAAGAUACGGCUCAGAACCAAAUGCAAAUUCAGAACUUUGGGGAACCCUUUUUCUUGGUCAUACGUGAAGGGGAGACUUUGACUGAAAUUAAAGUUCGAAUACAAAAGAAACUUCAAGUUCCUGAUGAUGAGUUUGCAAAGUGGAAAUUUGCCUUUUUUUCUUUAGGGCGUCCUGAGUACCUUCAGGAUUCUGACAUUGUAUCCAGUCGUUUUCAGAGGAGAGAUGUUUAUGGUGCUUGGGAGCAGUAUCUUGGCUUGGAGCAUACUGAUAAUGCUCCUAAAAGAUCAUAUGCUGUCAACCAGAAUCGCCAUACUUUUGAGAAGCCAGUAAAGAUUUAUAAUUAGAAAACUUGCGUGGGAUGAAUUUGGCAUUCUUCUACAUCUAUGGGCUUGUAAAAACAGGGAAACAGCAAAAGGCUACUCUGUAUAGGCCAACUAGUGAGAUCAGCAAUCCAGGUGGUUUCUGCAGAUUUUAUAUUAAAAUUGUGGUAUGUAAUUCUUUCUGUCAAAAGGAGUGACAUUUCUCUCAACACUAUCUGCUGACCAAAGCCCGUUGAGCUUUACUACUUCCAACUGUGGAAGUUCUUCAAGUUGAGGUCAUUGAUCAUCAUCACUGCACUGUAUCAGUACAUAAGAUUUUUGGAUUAGUGAGUGUAUACAGGGUAUAGUUGGUUGACUUUUUUUUGUUUAUCUUUAUUAUUGCUUCCAGAUUUUGUUCAGUCAGUAGUUGUCAAAUUAAGUGAGGGCUGUGGAAUGGUGUAGCAGAGUUAAUGUAAUGUUGUAAAAGAGACUUGUCAGCCUCAGUAUAACCCGAUAGCAUAAAUAUAGUUUCCUGCCGCACCAUUUGGUCCA